AUGGGCAUCAAUCCGCAGAACGGAGUAGUAGCCCUGGCGGCCCACAUGGCUGCCGGCGGAGCAGUCAGCCCGACCCGGACGGGCCUGCGGCACCCGGUCCUCCCGCGGGCCCUCCCCACGCCCUUUGUGGCCCUCAAUGGCCUCGGUCCGCCGUAUCCGCUCGACUCACUGGCCUAUCUCCUUGCCGCACACGCCGCAGGCUCGGCCGCCCCGCCUGCCGCCUCCCGCCCCGCCCUCGCCCUGGGCGCCCCUCGCCGGCCCAUCCUCGCUGUCCUGGCCGAUCCGCACACCCUGGCCAGCAUCCUCUCUGCCCGCGCCGCAGCUUUUGCUACUGCCACUGUUGGCCCUGCUGCCGGCCCUGCUGCCGGCCCUGCUGCCGGCCCUGCUGCCGGCCCGGGUCCGUCUCCAAGCUCUUCUGUCAUCACGACAACGGGUACCGACGUCACGACGACGGAUGCCGACGUCACGACGACGAGUGCCAAUGCCAGGACGACGGGUGCCGAUGGUGCUGGCGAAGAUCAUGGCAGUGGCGACGAUGACGAGUUUGACAUGAUCUCGUCGCUCUCGCUGUCGGGAGAUGUUGAAGACGAGGACGAGGUCGCGGCUGUACAGGAGGGCAGUUCGCAGGCUGUGGUUGAAGAAGAACUUGUGGUGGCUGUGCCAGAGCUGCCAGAUGGCCUACUGCUCCCACCGGCGUCACCGAGUCUGGUUCUCGGCCGAUCGAAGCUUCACCGGUCGCUGUCGAUGAUGGACUCGCUCUCGCUGGGGUUGGAGGGCGAUGGAGGGCCAAGCGGUCAUCAGCCGCCGCUGUCGUCGCCGCGGCGGCGGGCGGGGCGGCGGCGGCGGCAGGUGCACCGGUCGCGGUCGCGGGCAGCCGGCGGCGGCGCGGAUGGGGUCCCCGGCGGCAGCCAGGUCGCCGCGGCGGCGGGCGGGGCGAGGUCGGCGCGCAGGCCCGGCCUCGUUUUUGACGCGCGAAUGGUCCAGCACAUGUCGCCGUCCGAGUGGACUCACCCCGAAGCACCGCACCGCGUGGUCUCGAUCAUGGCCGCCCUGCAGUACCGUGGGCUGGAGGCCAAGUUUGAGCGGGUGCCGGUCCGCCCGCUCACUCUCGACGAGGCCAAGACAGUGCAUUCGAGCGCACACUGGUCGCACGUCCACGGCAUCACCACUGCGUCGGUCAAGGCGCGCAAGAAGCUGGUGGCGGCCUGCAAUUCGGUUUUUCUCAACAAGCACUCGGGCGUGGCGGCCGAGCUCUCAGCCGGUGGUCUACUCGAGCUCACCGCCCGCGUGGCCCGCGGUGAGCUCGGCUCGGGCGUGGCUGUCAUCCGGCCGCCGGGCCAUCACGCGGAGCGGUCGACUCCAAUGGGCUUCUGCCUCUUCAACAACGUGGCCGUAGCAGCCGGUGUGGCUACAUCGCCGAGUCUAGCUGGGCCAUCGCUUGGCCUCAAGGCACCGCUCGCGCGGGUGCUCAUCAUCGACUGGGACGUCCACCACGGCAACGGCAUUCAGAAUGCCUUUGCCGAUAACCCCGCUGUCAUGUACUUUUCCAUGCAUCGCUUCGACAACGGCACGUUCUACCCGGGCUCGCCCGCCAUCCCGUACUACGCCGCCGGGCCUGAGGCCACGGGUGUCUGUCCAGGCUCGGGUUUCAACUACAACGUGGCCUGGAACUACGACGAGCUGACGCCCGGAGCGACAGCCGAGCGUCCCUCAGGCUCGUUGCCGUCGGCCGCCGAGCUCCUCGACGGCGCCACCAUCGGCGACGGCGACUACCUCGCUGUCCUACACCACGUCCUCCUCCCGCUCAUGCAGCGCUACCAGCCGCAGCUUGUUUUCAUCUCGGCCGGCUUUGACGCUGCUGCUGGCGAUCCGCUCGGCGGCGCGAGCCUCACUCCGCUUGCCUACGCCACCAUGACCGCCGCCAUCCGCGAUGCUGCGCCAGACAAGGUCAUCCUCGCUCUCGAGGGCGGGUACUCGCUCAAGGCCAUUGCCGACUCGGCCGCCGCCUGCGCCGCGGUCCUUGCCGGCGCCGAGCCACUCAAUGCGCUCUCGCCAUCGCAGGCUGGACUCGCUGCCAUCCGCGCCGUCAUCUCUGCCCACGCUGCGCCGAUCGAACUGAUGGGCGGCGCCGACGAGCCGCGGCCCGCCGUCUUUGCCCAGUGCCGCAACCCGCGCAACAACCCAGCAGCGGCGUCGUUGGCGUCGACCUCGGGCCGGGUUGUGCCCUCGUUCAAGAUUUCCGGCACAGCGUCGAGCUCGGGCUCCGAGUCGGGCUCGCGCCGGUCGCGGCGCCGCCUGCAGGUCCCGUCGCGGCGGAACCGCAAGAAGAAGAAGAACCGUCGCAAGGGCGGCUCGCGGAGCGGGACCACCACCGGCUCGGCCUCGACCACCGUCUCGCCCUGCGAUCUCUCCGGCUCCACGUCGGGCGUGUCCCGCAAGGGCGAGAUCCACAAUUGCCGCUGCCGCUCGUGGUUCCCGCAGACAAAGGUGGCCGAGCUUGACGCGCUCCACGCCGCCCGCGCUGCCUACAUUGACGGCUUCAAGUUGCCGAACAUGACUCAGGCGCUGGCUGGCGAGCUGACCCUGCCGGGCAACGUCGAGCCCAGCACCGACAAGCGGUGAUGAUGUGGUAGCUGCAGCCGAUUGGCGGCAUGAAUCAGCCGCGAAUACACACACAGGCGUAG